AUUAAUCAUGGAGAAUUCGCCAUGGAUUUUCCUCAAGAUUUCAGGUGCCCUAUUUCCAUGGAGCUGAUGAAAGACCCAGUCACCAUCUCCACCGGCGUAACCUACGACCGGAAAAACAUCGAAAAAUGGUUCCACACCUACAAGAAAGCCACGUGUCCGGCCACCAUGCAGCUCGUCGACAAUCCCACCACCACCCCAAACCACACCCUGAACAGACUCAUCCUUUCCUGGCUGAACACCUCCCAGUCUAACCACGACCGCCGCCGUCCUCCGCCGCCACUACCGCCGUCGUCCAAGCACGAAGAACUGGCCGCCCUUCUCGCCGCCGUCAACGACUCGACCCCUUUUAAGGUAAGUUCGUUGAGAAAACUGAGGUCCGUCGUGGAAAACGGAGAUCACGCAAUAAAGGAGGAUUUCAAGAAAUCCGGUGGGGUGGAGGCGCUCGUCUCGAUAAUGGUGCAGAUUCUGUCCGAUGAUUCGGGUUUUACGAUGUUUCGAGCGUGUGAGGAAGCGCUGGGUGUUUUGAACCAGAUCCCAUUUUCCGAUGAAGACGACGAGAAAAUAUUGCAGCUUCUUAUGAACCCUAACUGCAUGAAAUCAAUGGCGGCCGUUCUCCAGCGCGGCGGCGCGGAGGCCAGAUUCUGCGCGGUUUCCAUUUUCCAGAAGAUUGCGAAAGCCGAUUACCAGUGGUACUACGUGGCGGAAGAUCAGGGCGUCGAUUUCUUCAAAUCGCUGCUCGAAAUCUCGUCCGACGAGAUCUCGACAGCCGCGAGUUCUUGCGCACUCCAACUGUUUGUCGAAAUGCUCGAGGCGUCGAAGAAGUCGAGGCUGAAAGCGGUUGAAGCCGGCGCGGUAUGCACGCUGGUGGAGCUCCUGCCGGAUUCGAUCCGGCCGAAGAGGUGCGAGAGGAUCAUGCAGCUGAUCAAGCUGCUGUGCGAGUGCGCGGAGGGGCGGGCGGCGUUCGCCGAGCACGGAUUGGGCAUCUCCGCCGUGGGGAAGAAGAUGUUGAGUGUUUCCAGCGGGGCGACGAAGAUUGGGGUGAAGAUCUUGUGGCUGGUCUCGAGUUACCACUCGACGGAGAGGGUUCUGGAGGAGAUGCUGGUUUGCGGGGCGGUGAAGAAGCUCGUGGCGCUACUGCAUAUCGGCGGGCGGUCGACGACGAAGGAGAGGGUGGUGAAGAUCUUGAAGAUGCACGGCCGGACGUGGCGGCGGUACCCUUGUUUCCCCGGUGACGUGAAGGAAUACUUGGGGUUGGAAGGGAGUAAUUAAAAACGAAGAGGUAAAAUAUACGGGAAAUUAGAUGUUGCACCUGGUUAGUUACAUUGUGUGAAUUUGAAACAGUUCGAAUUCAUCUGGUGUAAAUAAUUAAUUAGGUGUAACAUCUAACUCUGUUAAAAUACAGAGAGAAAACGAAUCAUAUACAUUUGUAAAAUAUUUUUGUUAAUGUUGAAAUAUACAUACAUAAAUUCUUUGUUCAAAUCAGAAUAAAGCGAAGUAAAAUUGCUAUAUAUAUUUGGUCCUUUUUAUUAUUUCUGAAGAUAUAUAAAAUUGCAUACAAAACAAUAUUUAGUUUCUUUAGUUCAUGUCUUGUUUAAUUUAGUUCAAUAGUUGUCAAUUUUAUUCAAUAUAUUUUCUUAUCCAAAAAAUAAGUAUCA